AAACUUAGAAACAGCGCCAUCACGGCCACGCAUCCAGUGCUUCACCUAGCCACAACAGAUGGACGAGGUGUGGCCGUGGCUGGCUUCCCUCCCUCCUCCCGGCCCCGACACACCGCCCCGUUCAUCCUUUUCCCUCGCCGCCUCCGAUGAUGGCGCCUCCAUCGUCUUGCAGACCGACUUCACCAGUGGCUCUGUCGGCAGCACGGCUGAGUCAGUUCUCGUCGCUUUCUCCUUAACCGUAGACAGUGCCAACGGCGUGGCGCACGCGCUCUGGACGUCGGAGACAUUCGCCGCCGACUCUCUGGUCGCCUCACGGUUGCAGCUGCUGGGUCAGCUCCUAGAUGAGGUGAUCGCGCUCUCGCCGUCCAUCCCUUCCUUGGGGCCGGACGCGUCCGAGCCCAAGCUGGACGCGGAGGUUGUCUCUGCCGUCAUCGAGGCAACAGGCACCGAUGGCUCCGCCUUCUUCUCGCUAGCUCUGCUUCUGCGCCUCUUCUGGCUGUGCGCUCUGGAGGCCCCCGCGGACUUUGGGUAUCUCUUCUUCCACGCUUUUGGCGCAGAGAUCGAGCGCGCCCUCGGCAGCUGCGCGCCGGCGCUCGGCGUCUUCCUGCUCUCCAUUGGCCCGGACGUGGAGGAUCGGUUCAUGCGGUCGCUCGGCUACAUGCUCGCCAAGUGGUGCUUGCUCCGGGAGAUGCAAGCACCCACCCCGGCGAAGGCCGGUACCGGGGUGCACCCAAGUGCAUGCUUGUCCUACGCCACCGAGGUGCACGGCCUUUGGGUCUUGAAAGGGUACGCGCCGGUGCUCGCCAUGCCACGCAUCGCCGGCGCGUCAUCGGUGCCCAUUACGGCCUUGCCGCAUGAGCUGCCCGAGGAGCCGGCGCUGCGGUACGGCUUGGUGCACCAGCAGCUGGAGGUCGUGGCGCAGCUGGAGUACGCGGUGAGCGUGCGCGACAAGAGGUUCAUAGGCGUCGGCGUGCGCGUCGACAACAUCCGGGUGCGCGUCGUGCGGCUCGGGUACCGGAAGAACGACGCGGACGCCACCGAGGGAGACGUCGAAGACGAUGUCAUGGACGGCGAGAGGCACUUCCCUUCCCGUAUCCGCCUCUGGGUCGGCCCUAGGUUCGGCUCGUCCUACGCCACUGGCCCAAGCCUGGGCCGGUCGACGGGGAACCCGGAACGGGAGGUCGAGGCGACACGCACCGUCAAGGGCGCCUUCUCCGGCGCCACCAAGCUAGCCAGCAGCAACGGCGGUCCAAGGGUGAAGGCCAAGAUGCGCACGUCCGCGCGGACACGAAACAGGAGCUGGAGGUGGGAGCAGGAGGCGGAGGGCAGCGCCGGCGUGUUCGAGGGCGUGCUGUGCGACCCGGCAACCGGGACCGAGGUGUCUGCGUGGCGCACGGGGGGCAACGGCGGGGCGGGAGAGGCCGACCCGCGCAACGGCAUGAGGCGCCGCUACGGCGGUCCUGGGCGCGCGUUCAUCAAGAUGCGGGGGCUGAUUGUGGCCAGCGACGAGCUGCCGGAGAAGGUGACGUGGAGGGUGGGGAGGGAGGCGGAGGGGAGGACGAUGCGGUGGCGCGUGGGUCUCAAAGUCUGGGUGAGCUACCUGCCCAACCAAGUCAGAAGCCGGCACUUCGAGACGAGGUGCGUCGAGUGGGCGCACGAGGUCGAAUUGCCGCUUGUCGCUGCUAAUGGCGACGAGAGGUGACCAAGGUAGUUCGUCGUGUGCUUCAAUUUGACACACACGAUGACACAUUGUAGUGCAAAACACUGAAACAUAGCAUAGGGCGACUCGAUCAAAAAUUUGUACACUACUGUAUAUAUUCCGGAGACUGAGAUGUAUCCAAUAUCAAGUAGAAAUGCUGACUAAAUUAUGGAUUCACAUUAAUUAAGGAGGUAAUCUGAGAA